UCUUCAACAGAAAUUACAUUUCUAGGGACCGGUACUGGACUGGUUAUUUGUCACUUGCAGGUGUGCUUUGGGAAGGGAAGAAUUAUGAAGAUCUGGAGCUCGGAGCAUGUUUUCAGCCAUCCUUGGGAAACUGUCAUCAAUGCUGCUAUGAGAAAAUACCCAAAUCCAAUGAAUCCGAGUGUGGUAGGAGUUGACGUUCUGAACAGAAGUCUUGAUGGUCAAGGCAGAUUACACAGCCAUCGGUUGCUAAGUACAGAAUGGGGACUACCAAGCCUUGUUAGAGCGAUUUUGGGAACAAACAAAACAAUAACCUACAUUGAGGAGCACUCUGUGGUUGAUCCUGUGGAAAGAAAAAUGGAGCUCAGCUCUGCUAAUGUAACCCUCACAAACUUGGUAUCAGUGGAUGAAAGAUUAAUCUACCAACCUCAUCCAGAAAACUCUGAACAGACAGUUUUAAUACAAGAAGCAAUUAUCAAAGUCAAAGGAGUUAGCCUCAGCAGUUACUUGGAAGGACUUAUGGCAAAUACAAUAUCAGCAAAUGCCAGAAAGGGUAACAAAUCCAUGGAGUGGAUGAUUGGUACGCUGAACUCUGAACUAGUGGAACUGGUGAUAUCAGCACAAGAAACCAUGAAAUGAGCAGUAGUGGCUGUUUCUACAAACAGCUGACGUACCCCAACUUGUUUACAGUUCACGGUUGUACAACGGAAGUCUUAGCAGCCAUUUCUCUCUGAUGUGCUCCAUUCUGUUUAUUCAUAUUGAAAUAUUACUUAGUUAUUGUUUUGGUUCAUCAUGUCCAGUGCAAAUUAUUACUUGCAAAAUGUCACUGAGCUAUACCUACAUAGACUUUAACAUUAGUUAUUUUAGUGCAUGGUUUAGGUUGAAAAAAAAAAGUAGAACUAUUCAUCUGAUGUGAAACUUGUGGUACAAGAACAUGAAGUACUGCUAGUUUUCAGUAAGAUACACUCCAUGGAGAUCAGGUUUAAAGCUACCUGUUUCAAUAGCCUGAAUCUCACUGGAAGUACAUUACAUUGUGUAUUUUUAAUUAAGAUAGCUUUGGUAGUGGCUGUUCUGGAAGAAGGCAUUGUAGUCAGCUGCCUGCUGUGAUGAAAAAUUAGUGAAUCUUUUGAGUUGUUGCACUGACUAAAAAAUUAUUUAUGUAGCUAUAUUUAUAAUGGAGAUAAAAAAAGUCUGGUAGUUUUAUUGGUUGUAGGAUGUCACAUGAUCUUAAGCAGAUGACCUGAAAUGCAGUUCUCUUACUUCAUUUCCUCACCACCUGCUUAAAGCUAACAUACGGAUAAUAGUUAGCCACUGGUUCUUGUGCCUUAUUAUAAUGCUUCUGUCAGGGACAGGACAUUUAGUCAUUUGCCUUUUAAGUUUAGUAUGAAACUGACUUGUUUUCCAAGUAAAUGUGCGGGCACAAAAGGAUGUGGGUUGUGUGAUAACCACACCCUUAGGUUUGUGGUAAGGCACAAGGCUACAGGCUGUGAUCACUUCCUCACUAAGGCAAGUGGUUAUCACAUGAUUAAACUCUCUAGUGCCUUAAUGCACACACAAAAUGCAUCUUUUUUUAUCACUCAUUUGUAAAAUGUUAAUAUUAUCUGAAUCAAAAUGUAUUGCUUUUUGUUUUGAUUACUUUAUAGAGAGCUGUAAAGUGUUUGCUUUAAAUAUGUUUUUAUUCUGUAAAGGUAGUGUGAAACUGGGCAGAGACUGUGCCUUAAAUGAAAACAAAUGAAUUUACAAAGCAGAGACAUGUAUAGGACAUGGUUUGCACUGCUGAUGACAUUAAUCUAUAGCAAAUGAAGCAUAUACUUUUUUUUUGGGGGGGGCGGUCUGUAUGCGUCUAUGUGCAUGUUGGUGAGGGGUUAGGAAGGUGCUUGCUAGCAUGUUUUAUGGUGUUUGCCAGCUCAUUAUUGUAUAAUCUGCUUUUCUUUGGUUCGGAAUUUUUUGUGAUUUUUCCCAGCAUUGUGCCUACAGGAUGAAGGCAUGUACAGUAGCAGGAGUUACCAGACAAUGUUUCUCAUGGUUUGCUGUUUUUUUCAUGGUUGUGUUUAUUCCUGUUUUGGCUACAGUUCCAAUAUGAAGCAUAUAUUUAUUUAUAGGAACUGCCAGAUAGAGCAAAGCAAAUUAUAAGAGAAUGUGGAAGUUAAAAAAAAUAUAAAGGACAAAUUCAGUUCCAGUGGCUUAGAUGGCUAAAGCUAUGACUAUGGUCCAGGCAGUUUAUUUAGUAUCUCAUGUGCUUGAUGGCGCUAGCAGGGGACAGUGGGAUAGAGCUGGCUGCUCACAGUUACAUACCCUUAUAGGUGAAACAGUGAUACAGAUACAUGGCUGGGGGUGUGUACUCACCUGUCAAGGCCACCUCUUGAUGAUAGCCUUCAUUGUGAGUGCACAAAAGCUUGCAUGCCUCCCUGGUAAUGCCAAUUGCUUGUCCCUCCUACCUAGCUGUGGGGUUAGUGCAUCAUAAACACCUGUAUUAUCAAAAUGCCACACAGGGCACAAAGAAUCUUCACUGCUGCCUGAGUGAUAGCCCCACAAGAAAUCUGUCCCCUGUGUGAUUUUUGGUGACCCCCCCCCCCCCACACACACACACACACUACAUGGAACAAAUUAGUGUAGUCCAACAGAGGAAUGCUUGAUGGUCACUAGGCACAUGGCAGAAAGCAUUUAGGAAAAUAUAAACAGUCCUUGUGUGUUUUAAAGUGCAUAACUGCUGCACAGCAGAAUAAAUUUUAAUGCUCUUAAUGUUAAACGUUUUCACUUAUAAGUGAUGUUAUCAGGUAUCACAACCUAGCUAUUAACACAUUUUUUUUAAAUUUCCAUUAAAACCCUGUUGCAGCCAGCAAAAAAGAUGGUCAGAUGGUAACCCUAGUUAAGAAGGGAAAACUUUAAUGUAAGAAAUUUAUUCAUUAGUUUAUCUUGAGUACAUUCUGAGGAAUAUUUGAGCAGGCUGUAAUCUUUUUAGAUGUCUUGUCAGCCAGUAUGUUUUAGUUGUAUUAGACAAAAAAGUGAAAACAUCAUAUAGAUAGGUAAGAAAUGCUUAGAAGAAUUAGCUACUCUUUUUCCAUCUUUUAUGAAAAUACAGAAUGACAACUGGGUUCAUAUUCAGAAAUAUUAGGCAAAAUUAUAUGAUCUGGUUGUCACUUUGGAGGCUGGGAGCAGCUUUUAUGUAUGAAGAAGAUUAUGGGAUGAAUCUACAUGCUGUGCAUGCUGACAUUAAAACGAGGCAGUGUAAUGUAUUUCUUUUGGGAUAGAUGUGCAUGUGUAUUGUGUGCAGUAUAUGUUUUUCUGUAUUUGUUAGCCGGUGACGUUUUGGAAUAGGAGUACAGUACUGAAGACUGACCGAGGAGAAGGAUGGAGACAGUUUCUUUAUUAUGUAUACUUUGGUAACCAGUAAGUGAACUGGUCCAGGGACCCUUUUUAGCCAUGAACUAGGCCAUAAUGACAUGAUAACAAGUAAGAAAGGCACUUAGGAAACUAAAGAAAAAAAACGUUGCUGCCAUUAAAGCAUUUAACAAAGAUUGCAUGUGCAAGACAUAGCCAAGGGGUGACAGUAAGUGUGUGAGUAAGUAAAGCAUUAAAUAACAUUGACAAGAAGGCAUACAUUGAUAAUGAUUACAGUACCGAAGAUUUAAACUUUGUUAUAAAUGCAGAGUUAGAAAUAUGAAAAAAAACCACCACACUGCACUUAGAACAAGGCGUUGGUAAUGUUGGCUCCAAAGA